UCUCUAUGGGUCAGAUUAAUCGGGAAAUUAGGAACGGAACCGCUUGGUAGUUGCUGCAGAACUCUAGCACCUUGACUAUCAGCGCCAUAGUUAACCUGUGCAUAAUUAUCCCCUGCAUAAUUUCGGUCAUUGUAAACACAUACGUCUCUUUCUUGAGAAAGCAGAGUGGUGCAAAGCUGGCGAUGUUCGUCUGCCAGAGUUAGCGCGCGCAGUGCCGAGACGUUGUCUGCCUCUCGUGCCGCUGAGGUAUCAUAGUUUGACAUAGCUAGGAUUAUUUUCUUCUUGCAAACGGGAGAGUUCUCUUGUGGAAAAGAGGAGAUGGGAACACGAGUACACGACCCGCUGUUCCACUAUGAGACUCACUUUCCUGAACGACUUUCUCGUUUGCACUUGACCCCUGACCUUGGGCCACAGUCUCCACAGAGGAGGAAUCGUCGAACGAGGUCGUCCCGGCAGGAUGUCCGGUAUAAAACACAGCCGGUGACGUUCGAUGAAAUUCAGGAAGUGGAUGAAGAGAACAUUCAUGACGAAAACGCGGCUGAAGAAAUCAAGUCUAUGCAGGCAUUUUCUAGAUCAAUGGACGGUCUCUUGCCGAAAGUCGGCACCAAAGCGGGAAAGAAAGCGCCCAAAAAUGCGGAGUCUAGAUUAACCGAAACUGCGGAGGAUGGGCAAAACAAAGAAAAUGUCGACAGACCUGUUAGUGAGAAACAAACGAACACUAACGUUUCUGGCUUGCCGCCAACUGGACUGUCACGUGACCCAAGACGCCAACGGAUGACGGCGAAGGCAAAGCGCCGCCAGAUGAUGGCGGAGGCGCGGGAAGGGGAAUAAAUUUUAUUUGUUACAAGUGUAAUUUAUUUUUUUUUUCGUACCUUGUGGAAUUCUAUUUGUACAGUAUUUUGUGAUACUGUUUUACAAGCUCGUGCUACUGCAAAUAAAUACCAGGCGAAUAUACCGUUUAUUUCACAAGUUUUGUGCCUAGUGUUGCGAACAAAUCAAUCAAUCUGAUUCUAUACGUAUUUGUGGAAGUAUUACGUCUACAAACAUGAAAUAUUUAUUUUGUUACCUAUAUUGACUGAAUUUGAUAUACUGUGAUCAUAAUAUCUUAUAGGUAAACCGGUAUUACUUUCUUUAAAAAGAUAUUCAUUGUUAGACUAUGAAGCAAAAGAUGCAUGUAUAUAGCUGUCUGAAUUCAUUGCAAUGCAUUGCAGGAAUUUCAUAUUAUUCAUGGAGGUUUAGAAAUAAAUGGAGAGCUACCUAACGCCUA